ACCCGAACGAUGAGCUUGCGUGGGGUUUGACGCAUUCUGCGUUGUUGCAGUGAAGCAUGUACUUGUACCAUGUCGCACUGGACUCUGUGUGGGGAUGACGCAAAGCAAGUCGGGCAAUCGAGCUGUUUUACUUGAGAGCUGUCUCGCAUGGACUCCAGUCCUCCACACCGAGCUUCACCAGUUCAACUUCCCUCGCCGCUUCAACAACUACCAAUAGGACUCAAGCAUAUGUCCAACGAUGAUUCCGAAACGGGUCCCAAGCAACGGCCACAACUUCGAUAUCACGAUAUGGAACAUCAACUCGAACGAACAGGGCAAAUUUGCAAAUCUGACCCCCAACGCCAUGUUCCAUUCAGAGCCGUACUCAGUCCUGUUGGCAAUUCCUACUGUAAAAACAUGAAAUCGACAGCUCGAGAGGGCACUUCGUACACACAAAUCUCCCCCGUCCACACGCCACGCGCAUGGCUACGUUUUCGGCCCGCAAACCUCCCACCGUCUUCUCCUAAGCCUAUACCCUCUCCGAUAUGACAAUUACACCCCUUCGCCUCCCAGAACUCUCUCUCUUUCAUGCACACCGCCCGAACAACCCCCUCCACCCCACGUUCAAACCCGGAACUCAUUUUCACGCUUAUUAGCCCAUCUUGCAGCCACGGCUAACAACUCCUUGAGCUCUCACAUCCCCAAUACCCGCACCACACGCCCGGGUACUUUACGUCCGAAUCCGAACGG